AUGGCUUACGUGGCGACAGGGCAAGGGAGGAGCAAGAGGCAAAGGCAGCAGUGCGGAGAGUUGGCCCACGACAGCGCCGACUUCUCCUCCAGGAUGGGCCUCGGCCGGAGGAAGCUGGCCCCUCUCUGGGCCCUGGCUCUGGCCCUGGCCUGUGCCCGGCACACAGGCCUGGCCCAGCAUAGCCCCACAGACUUUGGCCUCCCCCCGGAUCUGCAUCGCACGCCACAGAGCCCCGCCGCCUGCGUCCAGAUGUGGGAGCUGGGCUGGGGGCUCUCCCCGAGGCCUGGGGUCACGGCGCCUGUCCCUACAGGUGACUCAGUGCGUGGGGUGACCAUGAUCCCGCCCCUGCGGACUGUCCCUGUGGUGCGAGCCUCGAACCCCGCGCACAACGGCCGGGUGUGCAGCACGUGGGGCGACUUCCACUACAAGACCUUCGACGGCGCCGUCUUCCGCUUCCCCGGGCUGUGCAACUACGUCCUGUCCGCGCACUGCGGCGGCACCUACGAGGACUUCAACGUGCAGCUGCGGCGUGGCAUGGCCAACGCCACCACCCUCCGCGGCAUCACCAUGAAGCUGGACGGCGUGGUCCUGCAGCUGUCCCGGCAAGCUGUGCUGGUGGACGGCAGCCCAGUCCAGCUGCCCUUCAGCCAGUUCGGGGUCACCAUCGAGCAAAGCAGCAGCUACCUGAAGGUCACGGCCCGGCUGGGCCUGGUCUUCAUGUGGAACCAGGACGACAGCCUGCUGCUGGAGCUGGACUCCAAAUAUGCGAACCAGACCUGCGGGCUCUGUGGAGACUUCAAUGGAAUCCCUGACCUCAACGAGUUCUUCCCUCACGAUGUCUGGGUGAGCCCCCUGGAGUUCGGGAACCUGCAGAAGAUGGAUGGCCCCACAGAGCAGUGCCAGGACCCUGUCCCCGAGCCCCCCAGGAACUGCUCCACCAACUCCAGCAUCUGUGAGGAGCUCCUGCGUGGCCGGCUCUUCUCUGGCUGCAGCGGCCUGGUGGAGCUCAGUGGCUACCUGGAUGCGUGCCAGCACGACCUGUGUGCCUGUGAGCACAGCGACAUCACCAGCUGCGCGUGCGACACGCUGGCCGAGUUCUCCCGCCAGUGCGCCCACGCUGGGGGGCGUCCCCUGGACUGGCGCAGCCCGGACCUCUGCCCCGCCACCUGCCCCCUCGGCAUGCAGCACCAGGAGUGCGGCUCGCCCUGCGCCAACACCUGCUCCAAUCCGGAGGGCGCCCAGCUCUGCGAGGACCACUGCAUGGCCGGCUGCUUCUGCCCGGAAGGGACGGUGUUCGAUGACAUCGGCCAGACCGGCUGCAUCCCCGUGUCGCAGUGCCACUGCGUGCACAACGGGACCCCCUUCGCCCCCGGCGCGGGCUACGCCACAGACUGCACCCAGUGCACCUGCACCGCGGGCCGGUGGAGCUGCCAGGAGCUGCCGUGCCCGGGAACCUGUGCCGUCCUGGGCGGCGCGCACAUCUCCACGUUUGACGAGAGGCAGUACACGGUGCACGGGGACUGCAGCUACGUGCUGGCCAAGCCCCUGCAGGGCAGCACCUUCUCCGUGCUGGCCGAGCUGCGCAGGUGCGGACUGUCAGAGAGCGAGACCUGCCUGAAGAGCGUGACGCUGAGUCUGGGCGCAGGGCAGGCGGUGGUGGUGAUCAAGGCCAGCGGGGAAGUGUUUGUGAACCAGAUCUAUACACAGCUGCCCGUGUCUGCAGCCAACGUCACCCUGUUCCGGCCGUCUACCUUCUUCAUCGUCGCCCACACGCAGCUGGGCCUGCAGCUGGAAGUGCAGCUGGUGCCGACCAUGCAGGUGUUUGUGCAGCUGGAGUCCCAGCUGCGGGGCCAGACCUGCGGCCUCUGCGGUAACUUCAACCAGAACCAGGCCGAUGACUUCCGCGCACUCAGCGGCGUGGUGGAGGGCACCGCCGCCGCCUUCGCCAACACCUGGAAGACCCAGGCCGCCUGUCCCAACGUCAGGAACAGCUUCGAGGACCCCUGCUCCCUCAGCGUGGAGAACGAGAAGUAUGCUCAGCACUGGUGCUCCAGACUGACAGACGCCCAGGGCCCCUUUGCCCCAUGCCACGCCGUGCUGAACCCGACCACCUACUACGCGAACUGCAUGUUCGACACGUGCAACUGUGAGAAGAGCGAGGACUGCAUGUGCGCGGCCCUGUCCUCCUACGUGCGCGCCUGCGCCGCCAAGGGCGUGCUGCUGGACGGCUGGAGGGACGGCGCCUGCAUGAAGCCCAUGAUCAACUGCCCCAAGUCCCUCACCUACCAGUACCACAUCCGCACCUGCCAGCCCACCUGCAGAGCCCGGAGUGGCGAGGACAUCACCUGUGCCAUCAGCUUUGUGCCCGUGGACGGCUGCACCUGCCCCCCUGACACCUUCCUGGACGAUCAAGGGAAGUGUGUGCCGGCCAGCAGCUGCCCCUGUUACCACGGGGGCUCCGUGGUCCCCAGUGGGGAGACGCUGCAUGAGAACGGGGCCCUCUGCACCUGCACACAGGGCACGCUCACCUGCAUGGGAAGACCGAGCCCCACCCCAGUCUGUGCCCCACCCAUGGUUUACGUCGACUGCCGCAAUGCCACUCCCGGGGCGGCCGGGGCUGCCUGCCAGAAGAGCUGUCACACCCUGGACAUGGACUGCUACAGCACCCAGUGCGUGUCCGGCUGUGUGUGUCCCGACGGGCUGGUGGCUGACGGCAACGGUGGCUGCGUGGCCGAGGCAGAGUGUCCCUGCAUGCACAACGAGGCCAGUUACCAGCCUGGCCAGAGCAUCCGCGUGGGCUGCAACACCUGCACCUGUGAGAACAGGAAGUGGCACUGCACCGAUGAGCCCUGCCUUGCCACCUGUGCAGUGUACGGGGAUGGUCACUACCUCACCUUCGACGGCCAGCGCUACACCUUUAGCGGGGACUGCGAGUACACACUGCUUCAGGACCACUGCGGCGGCGGGAAUGGCAGCUCCCAGGAUGCCCUGCGAGUGGUCACUGAGAAUGUGCCCUGCGGCUCCACAGGCACCACCUGCUCCAAGUCCAUCAAGCUCUUCCUGGGGAGCUUUGAGCUGAGGCUGAGUGACGGGAAGGCAGAGGUGAUCGAGAAGGCCCCAGGCCGGGCAGCGCCCUUCUCCAUCCGCCAGAUGGGCAUCUAUCUGGUGGUGGACAUGCAGGUGGGCCUGGUUCUGAUGUGGGACAAGAAGACCAGCCUCUUCCUCAGGCUUGGACUCGAGUUCAAGGGGAGGGUCUGCGGGCUCUGCGGGAACUUCGACGACAAGGCCAUCAACGACUUCACCACGCGGGGCCAGUCCGUGGUGGGCAACGCCCUGGAGUUCGGCAACAGCUGGAAGUUCUCCCCGUCCUGCCCGGACGCGCCCGUCCCCAGGGACCCCUGCACGGCCAACCCCUACCGCAAGUCGUGGGCCCAGAAGCAGUGCAGCCUCAUCAACAGCGCCACCUUUGCCGCCUGCCACGCUCACGUCGACCCCUCCAAGUACUACGAGGCCUGCGUGAGCGACGCAUGCGCCUGCGACUCGGGCGGGGACUGCGAGUGCUUCUGCACAGCCGUGGCCGCCUACGCCCAGGCCUGCCACGACGUGGGCGUGUGCGUGUCCUGGAGGACCCCCGACAUCUGCCCCCUCUUCUGCGACUACUACAACCCCGAGGGCCAGUGCGAGUGGCACUACCAGCCGUGCGGGGUGCCCUGCAUGAGGACCUGCCGGAACCCCAGCGGUCAUUGCCUGCACAACCUGCCUGGCCUGGAGGGCUGCUACCCCAAGUGUCCCCCAGAGUCUCCCAUCUUUGAUGAAGACCAGAUGCAGUGUGUGGCCGAAUGCCCACCCCCACCGCCCGCCUCCUGCCCCGUCGGUGGCCAGGUUUACCUGCCCGGGGCACAGGUGCCUGCAGAGCAGAACUGCCAGUCCUGCAUGUGCACUGAGAGUGGCGUGACGUGUGUAUAUGACAGCGAAGCCUGUGUCUGCACCUAUGAGGGCCUGAGAUUCCGCCCAGGCGACUCCAUCUACAACACCACGGAUGGCACGGGUGGCUGCAUCUACGCCCACUGCGGGACCAAUGGCACCAUUGAAAGACACAUCCUGGAAUGCCCCACCACCACCUCUGCACCCACCACCACCUUCACCUUCUCCACACAUGGACAGGGCAAGGACAGUGGUGACUUUGAUACCCUGGACAACCUCCGUGCCCAUGGGCACUGGGUGUGCCAGGCACCUCGGGAAGUGCAGUGCCGUGCGGAGGAUGCGCCCGAGUUGCCACUGGAGGCGCUGGGUCAGCGUGUGCAGUGCAGCCUGACCACGGGGCUGACCUGCUUCAACAAGGAGCAGAUCUCGGGGCUGUGCCACAACUACCAGGUCCAGGUGCUAUGCUGCACCCCCCGGGCCUGCCCGCCCACCUCCCCCACCACCAGGACCACGCCCACCCCCACGCCAGCCACAACCACACCCCCGCCUGACACCGAGCCCACCCAGGUGUCCUGCCUCCGUGAGCACUGUACCUGGACAAACUGGAUCGAUGGCAGCUACCCCCAGUCAGACAGAAACGGGGGCGACUUCGACACGUUCUCCAACCUGAGGGCCAAGGGCUAUCACUUCUGCCAGGCACCGAAAAGCGUGGAGUGCCGUGCCGAGCGCUUCCCAGACACCCCGCUGGCGGAGCUGGGCCAGACACUGCUGUGCAACACACAGGUGGGGCUGCUGUGCCGGAACAAGGACCAGCUGCCGCCCAUCUGCUACAACUACCAGAUCCGCAUCGAGUGCUGUGAGCUGGUGGACGAGUGCGGGAGUACCACCACCCCCACUGCCAGCACACCGCACGUGCCCCCGCAAACCACAACACACAGAACCACGGCCCCGAGCACCCCUGUCUGCCAGCCCCAGUGCUCCUGGACCCACUGGGUGGACAUGGAUUUCCCGACCCCCGGGCCCCACGGAGGAGACUUUGAGACCUACAACCGCAUCAUGAGCAGAGGGGAGAAGGUCUGCGGGCGUCUGGACUACAUCGGCGGGCUGGAGUGCCGAGCCGAGAACCACCCCGACGUCAGCAUCGACCAGCUGGACCAGGUGGUGCAGUGCCACCCCGACGUGGGGCUGGUGUGCCGGAAUGAGGACCAGAAGGACCCUUUCAAGAUGUGCCUCAACUACGAGAUCCGGGUGCUGUGCUGUGAGCCCCAGGAGAACUGCUCUGUGACCCCCACCAACUUUGUCCCUUCCUCCAGCACGACCUCGCCUCCCAGCACCAGCACGACCUCGCCCCCCAGCACCAGCACAACCUCGCCUCCCAGCACCAGCACGACCUCGCCCCCGACCACCAGCACGACCUCGCCCCCCCCCACCAGCACGACCUCGCCCCCGACCACCAGCACGACCUCGCCCCCCAGCACCAGCACGACCUCGCCCCCCACCACCAGCACGACCUCGCCCCCAGGCACCAGCACGACCUCGCCCCCGACCACCAGCACGACCUCGCCCCCCCCCACCAGCACGACCUCACCUCCCAGCACCAGCACGACCUCGCCCCCAGGCACCAGCACGACCUCGCCCCCGACCACCAGCACGACCUCGCCCCCGACCACCAGCACGACCUCGCCCCCCAGCACCAGCACGACCUCGCCCCCCACCACCAGCACGACCUCGCCCCCCACCACCAGCACGACCUCGCCCCCAGGCACCAGCACGACCUCACCCCCGACCACCAGCACGACCUCGCCCCCCAGCACCAGCACGACCUCGCCCCCCACCACCAGCACAACCUCGCCCCCCCCCACCAGCACGACCUCGCCCCCGACCACCAGCACAACCUCGCCCCCCAGCACCAGCACGACCUCGCCUCCGACCACCAGCACGACCUCGCCCCCCACCACCAGCACAACCUCGCCCCCCCCCACCAGCACGACCUCGCCCCCGACCACCAGCACGACCUCGCCCCCCAGCACCAGCACGACCUCGCCCCAGACCACCAGCACGACCUCACCCCCAACCACCAGCACGACCUCGCCCCCCACCACCAGCACGACCUCACCCCCCGCCACCAGCACGACCUCGCCCCCCAACACCAUCACGACCUCGCCCCCCGCCACCAGCACGACCUCGCCCCCCGCCACCAGCACGACCUCGCCCCCCACCACCAGCACCACCACUCCUGCCUCUACUUCUGAGACCUCCCGCACCACAUCAGGCACCCCUGUCUGCCAGCCCCAGUGCUCCUGGACCCACUGGGUGGACGUGGAUUUCCCGACCCCCGGGCCCCACGGAGGAGACUUUGAGACCUACAACCGCAUCAUGAGCAGAGGGGAGAAGGUCUGCGGGCGUCUGGACUACAUCGGCGGGCUGGAGUGCCGAGCCGAGAACCACCCCGACGUCAGCAUCGACCAGCUGGACCAGGUGGUGCAGUGCCACCCCGACGUGGGGCUGGUGUGCCGGAAUGAGGACCAGAAGGGCCCUUUCAAGAUGUGCCUCAACUACGAGAUCAGGGUGCUGUGCUGUGAGCCCCAGGAGAACUGCUCUGUGACCCCCACCAACUUUGUCCCUUCCUCCAGCACGACCUCGCCUCCCAGCACCAGCACGACCUCGCCCCCGACCACCAGCACGACCUCGCCCCCCAGCACCAGCACGACCUCGCCCCCCAGCACCAGCACGACCUCGCCCCCCAGCACCAGCACGACCUCGCCCCCCACCACCAGCACAACCUCGCCCCCGACCACCAGCACGACCUCGCCCCCCAGCACCAGCACGACCUCGCCCCCCACCACCAGCACGACCUCGCCCCCGACCACCAGCACGACCUCGCCCCCGACCACCAGCACGACCUCGCCCCCCAGCACCAGCACGACCUCGCCCCCCACCACCAGCACCAUCACUCCUGCCUCUACUUCUGAGACCUCCCACACCACAUCUGGCACCCCUGUCUGCCAGCCCCAGUGCUCCUGGACCCACUGGGUGGACGUGGAUUUCCCGACCCCCGGGCCCCACGGAGGAGACUUUGAGACCUACAACCGCAUCAUGAGCAGAGGGGAGAAGGUCUGCGGGCGUCUGGACUACAUCGGCGGGCUGGAGUGCCGAGCCGAGAACCACCCCGACGUCAGCAUCGACCAGCUGGACCAGGUGGUGCAGUGCCACCCCGACGUGGGGCUGGUGUGCCGGAAUGAGGACCAGAAGGGCCCUUUCAAGAUGUGCCUCAACUACGAGAUCCGGGUGCUGUGCUGUGAGCCCCAGGAGAACUGCUCUGUGACCCCAGUGACACGGCCCAUGACCUCCACCCCCGCACGCAGCUCUGUGCCCCCCACCUGCUUCUGCAGCGUGUCCGACAAGCUCUACCCAGCAGGCUCCACCAUCUACCAGGAGAAAGACUUGAGCGGGCACUGCUACCAUGCUGUAUGCACCCAUGACUGCCAAGUGGUCAAGGGCAGUGACAAGACCUGCCACACCAGCACUCCCCCGGCACCUGCCACCUCCUUGUCUGUGCCCACCUCGUCUCCCCCCGGUCACGGGUCGGAUGUGGGCUGCCCCAAUGCUGUCCCACCCAGAAAGAAAGGGGAGAGCUGGCUCUUGGCCAACUGCUCCCAGGCCACCUGUGAGGGGAACCACAUCAUCACUCUGCAUCCACGGCACUGCCCACUGCCAGUCAUGCCCACCUGUGCCAAUGGCUACCCUGCUGUGAUGGUGGAGGACAAGGAUCGCUGCUGCCCUCAGUACCAGUGCCAAUGUGUCUGCAGCGGCUGGGGCGACCCUCACUACAUCACCUUCGACGGCACCUACUACACCUUCCUGGAUAACUGCACGUAUGUGCUGGUGCAGCAGAUCCUGCCUGUGUUCGGGCACUUCCGCGUGCUCAUCGACAACUACUUCUGCGACGCUGAGGAUGGCCUCUCCUGCCCGCAGGCCAUCAUCGUGGAGUACAGGCAGACCCGCGUCACCCUCACCCGCAGGCCCGUGCUUGGGCGCAUGACCAACCAGAUCCUCUUCAAUGGCGAGGUGGUCAGCCCUGGCUUCCAGAAGGAAGGCCUGGUCAUCUCCCAGGUGGGCGUGAAGAUGUACGUGCGCAUCCCUGAGCUGGGUGUGCGGGUCAUGUUCUCCGGCCUCAUCUUCUCUGUGGAGGUGCCCUUCAGCAAGUUCGGCAACAACACGGAGGGCCAGUGCGGUACCUGCACCAAUGACCAGAAGGACGAUUGUCGCCUGCCUGGAGGCACCACGGUCUCCUCCUGCUCAGACAUGUCCCGCUACUGGAGGGUCACCUCCUUGGAGCAGCCGUACUGCCAAGGGCCGCCCCCGGUGCCCCCAAGCCUGCCCACACCCUCGCCCGUCCCCUGCCCAUCAUCACCCAUCUGUGAGCUGAUUCUGAGCGAGGUGUUCUCGGAAUGCCACAAGGCGAUCCCCCCGUGGCCCUACUAUGAAGGCUGUGUGUUUGACCAGUGCCACGUGAGCAACCCCGACGUGGUCUGCUCCAGCCUGGAGCUCUACUCCUCUCUCUGUGCUUCCUACAACCUGUGCAUCGACUGGCGAGGCCUCACCAACCACACAUGCCCCUUCACCUGCCCCGACAACAGAGUGUACCGGCCCUGCGGCCCUGCCAACCCCACUUACUGCUAUGGCAAUGCCAGCCUCCUGGCCAUUCCAGAAGAUUCCAUCUCUGAAGGCUGCUUCUGCCCUGAAGGCAGCGUGCUCUUCAGCACCAGCACGGAGAUCUGCGUGCCCACGGGGUGUACAGGAUGCCUCGGGCCCCAUGAGGAGCCCGUGGAGCCCGGACAGACGGUGGUCGCUGACUGCCAGGAGUGCACCUGUGAUGCCGCCAGUCGGACCCUGACCUGCCAUCCCCAGACCUGUCCGCCACCGCCUGCCUGCCCCUCCCCGGGCCUCAUGCCCGUCGCCACCAUCCCCCAGGCUGGCCAGUGCUGUCCCACCUACAGCUGCGUCUGCAAUGCCAGCUACUGCCCAGAGUUUAUGGGCUGUUCCGAAGGCUUCCGCCUGGAGCUGAGCCAACAGGAAGGGGCCUGCUGUCCCACCCAGACUUGUGUCCUCAUUCCCGGCUGCAGCGUCAAUGGCACUUUGUACCAGCCUGGUGCCGUGAUCUCCCAGAGCCUGUGUGAGACCUGCAGAUGCGAAGCCCAUAAGGGCACCCCCCAGGACACCUUCGUGGUCAGUUGUCAGACCAAGAUCUGCGACUCAAACUGCUCUGUGGGCUUCGAGUACCAGCCCCGGCCCGGAGAGUGCUGUGGUUCCUGCGUCCAGGUGGCCUGUGUCGUGAGUGGCAGCGCCCAGCUCCACUCUCCCGGGGAGACCUGGUCGGAGCCUGGCAAUGGCUGUGUGAACCACACGUGUGAGAAGCACCAGGACAGGUUCAUCGUGGUCACCACCAGGAAGGCGUGUCCCCCGCUCAGCUGUCCUGAGGAGCAGGCGUGGCUGAGUGAGGAUGGCUGCUGUCUCAGCUGCCCAGCCCCCUCACCCUCACCCCCACCCCAGCCCGAGUCCACGUGCGCCGUGCACCACAGGACGCAGGUCAUCCGGCAGCGAAGCUGCAGCUCGGCUGAGCCCGUGACCCUGACCUACUGCCAUGGCAACUGCGGAGACACGGCUUCCAUGUACUCCCUGGAGGCUGGAGCACUGACGCAUAAGUGCAGAUGCUGCCAGGAGCUGCGGGUCUCGCAGAGGAAUGUGACUCUGCACUGCACCGACGGCUCCAACCAGAUGUUCAGCUAUGACCACGUGGAGGAGUGCGGCUGCGUGGGCCUGCGCUGCCACCGCCCUGGGGACCAGUCCCAGGAGCUGGAGUGGGCCGAGGAGCGGGAAGAGGAGCCGAGGGAGGCGCCGGAGUCAGGCCAGGGCUUCCCUUUCAGUCUGGUCGCGGUCACCGGACCACUGGGCACCAAGAUCCAGUCCAGACCACCCGCACCCCCUACACCUGCACCCCUCCUGCACCUGCCCCCUACCUAUACCUGCACCCUCACCUACACCUGCACCCCUUCCUACACCUGCACCCCUUCCUAUACCAGCACCCCUCCUACACCUGCACCUCUUCCUAUACCUGCACCCCCUACACCUGCCCCCUACCUAUACCUUCACCCCACCUAUAUCUGCACCCCUCCUACACCUGCACCCCACCUACACCUGCACCCCUCCUACACCUGCCCCCUACCUAUACCUUCACCCCACCUAUAUCUGCACCCCUCCUACACCUGCACCCCACCUACACCUGCACCCCUCCUACACCUGCCCCCUACCUAUACCUGCACCCCCUACACCUGCCCCCUACACCUGCCCCCUACCUAUACCUGCCCCUACCUAUACCUGUACCCCCACCUACACCUGCACCCCUUCCUAUACCUGCACCCCCCUACACCUGCCCCCUACCUAUACCUGCACCCCACCUAUACCUGCACCCUCACCUACACCUGCCCCCUACCUAUACCUGCACCCUCACCUACACCUGCACCCCACCUACACCUGCACCCCUCCUACACCUGCCCCCUACCUAUACCUGCACCCCCUACACCUGCCCCCUACACCUGCCCCCUACCUAUACCUGCCCCUACCUAUACCUGCACCCCCACCUACACCUGCCCCCUACCUAUACCUGCACCCUCACCUACACCUGCACCCCUCCUACACCUGAACCCCUCCUACACCUGCACCCCCACCUACAUCUGCACCCCCACCUACACCUGCACUGCUCCUACACCUGCACCCCCACCUACACCUGUACCCCCACUUAUACCUGCACCCCUCCUACACUGGCAUCUGUACCCCCACCUAUACCUGUACCCCUCCUACACCUGCACCCCUCCUACACCUGUACCGCUCCUACACCUGCACCCCUCCUACACCUGCACCUGCACCCCCACCUACACCUGCACCCCCACUUAUACCUGCACCCCUCCUACACCUGCACCUGCACCCCCACCUACACCUGCACCCCACCUAUACCUGUACCCCACCUAUACCUGUACCCCACCUACACCUGCACCCCACCUAUACCUGUACCCCACCUACACCUGCACCCUCACCUACACCUACACCUGUAACCCUCCUACACCUGCACCCCCCUAUACCUGCACCCUUCUACACCUGAAUGCCCUCUUGGUCACCUGCAUGCCUCCUGGCCUCCGGCCCUCGGUGGCAGCCCCUACCCCUACUCCCAGUGAAGCAGGGGUGCCCUUCCCAUGGCCGGCUUGA